AUGUCGCAAGCAUACGUCGAUACGGUCUAUUCGGCAGAUUCCAUCGAAUGGUGUCCAUUUGAAGGCUUUCAGGACAUAUGUGUCUGCGGAACUUAUCAGAUAGUCAAGCCUGAAGAGAAUGCUGGAGUCAAAGAUCCAAAGGCAGAGGUGGUGGAAGGCGAUGAGGAUGAGGAUGAUGAAUCUGAUGUUGGAUCUAGUAAGCCUACUCAGAGAGUUGGACGGUUAUUAGUGUAUCAAGUGGGGGAAGAUGAUUCAUUGACCGAGAUUCAGAGGAUCGAAACUUCUGCUAUACUAGAUACGAAAUGGUCACCUAAAUUAGAUAAUGGCCGACCAGUAUUGGGUGUAGCAGAUGCCAAAGGACAUAUUACGCUCUACGCCUUGAAUACCGAUACUAGGCGAUUGGAAGAAACUCAUCACAUAGAUGUAGAUGAGGAAUCGAUAUUAUGUUUAUCGUUAGAUUGGUCCAAUCGACUGAACCAAUCAUCACCUUCAUCCAUCAUCACUUCCCUUUCAAAUGGCAAUCUAUCUCACAUCAUACCUACACCUACAGGAUGGGAGGUAGAUUCUAGCUGGAAAGCACAUGAUUACGAGCCGUGGAUAACAAGUUUCGAUAAUUGGGAUUCGAAUACUGUAUGGUCAGGUGGAGACGAUUGUAAGUUGAAAAGAUGGGAUAUACGAGAAACGUUCAGACCUACUUUUGUGAAUAAGAAUUUCGAUGCUGGAGUGACCACUAUCGCUUCUUCUCCUCAUACCAAAUAUCUACUAGCUGUGGGAAGCUACGACGAGAACCUACGUAUAUUCGAUACUCGUCAACCCUCUCAACCGCUAACGACAAUCCACAUGGGAGGUGGUAUCUGGCGAACGAAAUUCCAUCCUUCCUCUGAACGCAAAGAUCAUAUACUCAAUGCAUGUAUGCACGACGGUUUCAAGAUUGUUCAGCUCUCCAAUGACACCAUAAACCUUCAACCGGAAGAAGAUAAGGUAGGAGGAGAGAUCAUCAGGACGUUUGAAGAUCAUGAGAGUUUAGCUUAUGGUGUAGAUUGGUCAAGGUUACCUGAAAGUAAUGUAGAAGGGAAAGAAGGGACAUUGAUCGCCAGUUGUUCAUUUUAUGAUCAUGCCAUGCAUCUGUGGAGAGGUUAA